AUGGGUGACUCAAAGGUAGAACCUACAAAGGUGGAUAAAACAAAGGGUAAUGAGGACAAAAACAAAAAUGAACUGUCCGAAGAAGACAAACAGCUUCAAGAUGAACUAAAUUUAUGUGUUGAGAAACUCCAGGAUAAUGAUGAAAAGAGAUACUUGCCUGCUCUGCAAGCUUUAUCAAAUCAUAUUCAAGCCUCAACUACUUCGAUGACUUCUGUGCCUAAGCCAUUAAAAUUUAUGAGGCCCCAUUAUGACACUAUGAAGACAGUACAUGAAAAAAUAACUGAUCCUGACACUAAAAAAGUGUGUGCAGAUAUUAUAUCUGUUUUAGCUAUGACAAUGGGAGAAGGCAGAGAAAGUUUAAAAUACCGGCUUCUUUCUAAUUUGGAUAAAAUUGGUGAAUGGGGACAUGAAUAUGUUAGGCAUUUGGCAGGAGAGAUUGCAGGAGAAUGGGCCGAGACUGAUUUUAUAGUAAACACUGAAAUUAGAGAGAAACUUAUUUUACUUACAAAACAAAUUGUGCCAUACAACAUGGCACACAAUGCAGAAGCAGAAGCAUGUGAUUUGCUUAUGGAAAUUGAAAGGCUUGAUCUACUAGAACAGUAUGUGGAUGAAAACAUUUACCACAGGGUGUGUUUAUAUCUUACCAGUUGUGUACCCUAUGUGGCAGAUCCCGAGAAUACUACUCUACUACAAACUGCUCUUUUACUGUUUAGAAAGUUUGAUCAAUACCCUCAGGCGCUGAGAUUAGCUAUGCAGUUAAAUGACUUUGGACUAAUUGAAGAGAUUUUUGUCAACUGUCCUGAUUCGGAUGUACAGAAACAACUGGCGUUUAUGUUAGGACGACAACAGAUAUAUGUUGAAAUUCCUGAACAUACUCCAGAAUAUGAAGACUUAAUCGAGAUAAUGGCAAACUGUCAUCUUAAUAAUCAUUUCUUGAACCUCGCACGCGAAUUGGACAUUAUGGAUCCUAAAACCCCGGAAGAUGUUUACAAAUCCCACUUGGAAAAUAGUCGUCCCCCUUUCGGCGGAAACCAAGUUGAUUCCGCCAGACAAAAUUUAGCUGCCAGCUUUGUUAAUGGAUUUGUUAAUGCGGCUUUUGGCCAAGAUAAGCUCUUAAUGGAAGACGGGAAUAAAUGGCUUUAUAAAAACAAGGAACAUGGAAUGCUUAGUGCUACUGCUUCUUUGGGGCUAAUUCUUUUAUGGGAUGUAGACGGUGGUCUUACUCCUAUCGAUAAAUACUUAUACUCUUCCGAGGAUCAUAUUAAGUCUGGUGCUUUAUUAGCUUGUGGCAUUGUAAACUGUGGUGUCAGAAAUGAAUGUGAUCCAGCACUCGCACUUUUGAGUGAUUAUGUUCUUCACAAUACAAAUAUAAUGAGAAUAGGAGCUAUUGUAGGUCUAGGUUUAGCUUAUGUUGGAUCAAAUAGAGAAGCAGUAUUAUCUUUAAUCACACCUGUGCUAUCUGACCCUAAAUCAAAUAUGGAAGUCAUUGGAAUGGCGGCACUGGCAUGCGGAAUGAUUUCUGCAGGAUCUGGUAAUUCUCAUGUUACAACACAAAUAAUGCAAGUUCUUAUGGAAAAGUCCGAAAUAGAAUUAAAGGAUACUUAUGCCAGAUUUUUGCCUCUGGGUCUUGGAUUGUGUCAUUUAGGUAAACAAGAAAGUAUUGAUACAAUUAUAGCAGCGUUAGAAGUUAUACCUGACCCCUUCAGAUCCAUGGCAACUACCAUGGUCGAUAUUUGCGCUUAUGCAGGCACAGGAAAUGUUUUGAAAGUUCAACAUUUGUUACAUAUAUGUUCAGAACAUUACGAUGCUCCUGAAACUCCUGACAAAACUUCAAAAGACAAAGAUAAAAAGGAAACAGAGAAAGAAAAAGAUAAAGAUCUCUCAGCUAGACAAGCUAUUGCUGUCUUGGGUAUAGCAUUAAUUAGCAUGGGAGAAGAUAUUGGUAGCGAAAUGGCUUUCCGCACAUUUGGCCAUUUACUAAGAUACUGUGAACCAGCUAUCAGGCGUGCUGUUCCAUUGGCCCUAGGCUUAAUAUCAGUUUCAAAUCCUAAAUUAAGUAUUCUUGAUACUUUGAGUAAAUUUUCACAUGAUAGCGAUGCUGAAGUGGCUCAUAAUGCCAUAUUUGCGAUGGGUUUAGUAGGAGCUGGUACUAACAAUGCAAGGUUAGCAGCUAUGCUACGACAAUUAGCACAGUACCAUGCCAAAGAUCCCAAUAAUUUAUUUAUGGUUCGCAUCGCCCAGGGUCUCACUCAUCUUGGUAAAGGAACUUUAACACUCAGUCCAUUCCAUAGUGAUAGGCAGCUGAUGAGUCCAGUAGCUGUAGCUGGUCUAAUGGCGACGCUCAUCGGUUUCUUGGAUGUUAAAAAUAUUAUAUUGGGGAAGUCACACUACUUACUGUACACCUUAGCAGCUGCAAUGCAACCAAGGAUGUUAGUUACAUUUGAUGAUGAGCUAAAUCCUCUACCAGUGCCUGUCAGGGUUGGAUUGGCAGUAGAUGUUGUUGGCCAAGCAGGAAAACCAAAAACUAUAACAGGUUUCCAAACCCAUACAACUCCUGUGCUUUUGGCUUAUGGUGAGCGUGCUGAGCUCGCAACUGAAGAAUACGUUGCGUUAACGCCAAUUAUGGAAGGAUUUGUUAUUUUAAGAAAAAAUCCUGAAUUUAAUUCAUAA